UCGUCUUCCCUCUUUCCCUCCACACCUUCUCUCUCCACAACUUCCAUCAACCUCACUUUGGCCCCGUCUUUUUCUUCUGCAACGCUCUCAUUCACAUGGGACGAUGUCUUUCGCGUAUCUGAAUCUCAAUCUGCCGCACAACCCCGCUCUCGUUAUCUCCAAGGCUUCUCCCACAAAGUUCAACUAUGCAAUCGUGCUUCUGAGAAACAAUCUGAAUUCCUUCCAUUUGUCAUUGAGGACCACGUUGUCGGAUUCAUUCACAAUGGGUUUGUGGAGCAUUUGAGGGGCUUUGGCGAAGUAUUUGUUUUCCCGAAAGAUAAAUAUAAUGGAUGCCCCAAUGGUGAAAUUGUUUCUUUGCAUCCAUUGCUGAAGACAACUGAGGAAAGAACCAGUGCAGUUGGAUAUGUAGUAGAGCGUUUGGGAGAGGAGCAGAUUCCAGGUAUACGGAACGAGCUUUACCCCGUGACAUCAUCAUUUGGGGCACCCAUUUUCUUUUCAUUAGAGCGUGCUGCAGCUCCCUAUUUUGGCAUAAAGGCUUAUGGAGUUCAUAUGAAUGGCUAUGUGGAGGUGGACGGGGAGAAGCACCUGUGGGUAGGGAAAAGAAGUGACACGAAACAGACAUAUCCUGGAAUGCUUGAUCAUCUAGUUGCAGGAGGACUGCCGCACGGAAUUGAUUGUCAGGAGAAUCUUGUAAAGGAAUGUGAAGAGGAAGCAGGAAUACCUAGAUCUAUCUCUAUCAAAGCCAUACCUGUCGGUGCUGUUUCAUAUAUGGACAUUGAUGGGUUUAGAUUCAAGAGAGAUGUUCUAUUCUGUUAUGAUCUAAAACUUCCAAAAGAUUUUGUACCUAAAAAUGAAGAUGGAGAAGUUGAUAGCUUCAAGUUGAUCCCUAUUAAGCAAGUUGCAGAAGUAAUACGCGACACACAGUUUUUCAAGCCGAAUUGCUCUCUUGUAAUCAUUGACUUCCUGUUUCGACAUGGAUACAUCUGCCCUGAAUAUCAUGGAUAUUUGGAUCUCCUACGAAGCUUAAGAAUAGGAGACUGCUCCUGACUCAAAGCAUCAUGACU